CGCACACACACACACACACCGGAGAGCCUCUCUUUGAGCCGCUAGUUCGGCUUAAACGCAGGUAACGUUACACAGUAACUCCUAGGGCCGCGAAUGUGCUUCUAUCUGUAUUUAAUGGUAGUUAGCGUUAAGUCUCCAGCCCUGUGAUGUCUCCUUUCUUUUUCUUUAGGAGUUAGAGACCAGUGUUAUUGCUGCUGCACAAGGCCUCAUAAACGUGCUAACGCAAAACAUUCAGCAGCAUCACACCCCAGCACAGCAGAAUCCAGUGCCGUCACAUGAGCACUAGAAUCAACAACAAGCACAAACCCGGAAUAUUGCUUCAGGUCAAGGGAGGUGUUGCUGAAGUUGAGAGAGAUGGCAGAUUCGCGACCCCAACAGAGGACUGAACCUUUGAUUGUGAGGCAGUUCAUGGAGAGAAUGCUGAGAAGGCUUCAGGAAGUUCUGCGACGUCAGCCUGUGGAUUUGGAUUAUUUACGCUUUGUUUUAAGUCAUGAAGUGGGACUUGUUCGCUCUUUUGCCAAUGUAGUAGAACUGCCUCAAGGUGUUGUUCGUGCUUUAUCUGACUUAUUAAGACUUCUUCGUUUACAAGAGGAGAGUUAUCCAGCUGCUACCUAUGCAGAGGUUCUGGGUGGUGAUAGGGGACAGCCAAAACUUGUAAUUUCUAAAGAAUGUCUUCAAAACCUAAUCGACAUGCAGUUGCCCAUCCCCUGUGUAGCUAAGCUCCUGGGUGUCUGCAAAAGGACAGUGUAUCGGCGGAUGCGUGAGUAUGGACUAUCAGUUACGGGAUCAUACAGCAAUCUCACAGAUGAGGAGCUGGACAAUCUUGUGCGCUCAGUUAAAUUGAAGAUGCCGCAUAUAGGCUAUAGAAUGAUGAAGGGUGAACUGCAAGCGAUGGGACACCGUGUCAGAUGGGACCAGGUUUCAGCAUCCAUGCACAGGGUGGAUUCUGCAGGGAUCUUGGAGAGAAUAACACGUUUAGGCUGUGUUGCUAGAAGAACAUAUUCUGUCAAGGGUCCCCACUCACUGGUCCAUGUGGACACAAACCACAAACCACAAACUUAUCAGGUGUGUGUGUUAUGUUUCACAAGAAUAUUGUUAUAAUAUGUUCAUAUAUUUAUAUUCAUAAAUGUUUGUUGAAAUAGUUCUUAAUUGAGCUUUUACAAAUAAGUUCUAUUCAUGUUUGAAGGAUGCGGGUAGAUUUUGUAUGCUAUUACAAGAUAGGCUGUAGAUUGCUGGAGCUGUAUUUCAACAAAAAAACCCUUUUUAAUACAGUUUAUUAAUUAAGCUGCACAUAGAGUUAGUUUGUGCCACCAUUUUAUAAAAUUCCAACAUGUGAAUGGGUAUGGCCAUAGGCAUUAUGUCCAUUUAUUGUUUUGACAUCAACCAAGUUAAUUUUUGCUGACGAUUUAGUAAACGUAAACCCCCACAACGUUGAUUCCACUUGAAUGUCAUGAAUUUGCCAUACACGUGUUGAAACUGUGUAUGUGGAAGACUGAACAAUUUCAACUUUUCAAUAGUACAAGUAACGAU